CAUUGUUUCUCUUUGCAUGGAUGCGCCAUGGCCACCGCAACGCUGGUUUGCAGGGUGCAGUUCCUCGAUGACACGGACCCGUUCAACAGCACCAACUUCCCCGAGCCCACUCGGCCGCCCCUCUACACCUUCCGGGAAGACCUCCCGCUGGUCACCCAGCUGGCUGGGGUGCACCGCCUGCUCAAAGCCCCCCAAAAGCUUGAUGACUGUGCACUGCAACUGUCUCACAAUGGUACCUAUUUGGAUUUAGAAUCUACCUUCGCUGAGCAAAAGGAUGAGUUGGAAGGCUUCCAGGAAGAUUCUGGGAGGGGCAAAAAGCACAGUAUAAUUCUGAGGACCCAGCUUUCAGUUAGAGUCCAUGCCUGCAUCGAAAAGCUCUACAACUCAAGUGGACGGGAGCUGAGGCGGGCCCUCUUCUCCUUGAAACAAAUAUUUCAAGAUGACAAGGAUUUGGUUCAUGAAUUUGUUGUGGCAGAGGGCCUCACCUGUUUAAUAAAAGUGGGAGCUGAGGCGGACCAGAACUACCAGAAUUACAUCUUGAGAGCCCUGGGACAAAUUAUGCUGUAUGUAGAUGGGAUGAAUGGAGUAAUAAAUCAUAAUGAAACAAUCCAGUGGCUGUACACUCUCAUUGGGUCAAAGUUUCGCCUUGUUGUAAAGACAGCACUGAAAUUGCUCCUUGUUUUUGUGGAGUAUACUGAAUCCAAUGCACCACUUCUCAUCCAAGCCGUGUCCAUAGUAGAUGAAAAGAGGGAUCUCAAGGUGUGGUCCAAUGUCAUGGAGAUCCUGGAGGAAAAAGAUGGAGUUGACACAGAACUUCUGGUUUAUGCAAUGACUUUAGUUAACAAGACAUUGUCUGGCUUGCCAGACCAGGAUUCCUUCUAUGACGUUGUUGACUGUCUGGAAGAGCUGGGGAUAGAAACUAUUUCCCAGAGACACUUGAACAAGAAAGGAGCAGACUUGGACUUAGUAGAGCAAUUCAACAUUUAUGAGAUGACCCUGAGACAUGAGGAUGGUGAUGACAAUGGUGAACCUCCUCCUAGUGGCCGUAAAGACCGAAGAAGGGCCAGUCUUGGCUGCAAUGAACGAAGGGGGCUGGAACGUAGGAGGAGCCGGAGGCAUUCCGUCCAGAGCGUCAAGAGCACUUUAUCAGCCCCUGCCAGCCCUUGCACUCAAGUGAGCCCCAACUUCAUGUGUGGCCAUGGGAAGGGUGCCGAAGAGCUCAGUGAGAAAGAGGAGGAAUAUGAAGAGGAGGAAGAGGAACAACCUGUCACAGAGCCUAAUACAGAGGAUGAGGGGGAGGAAGAGGCUACUAGGCAGGUCAAAGCCAGUGGGCUCCCGGAAAUACAGGAGAUUGAACGUGGUUCCCAGAAUUCUGAGACUUCGGCUACCUCAAGUGUACUUUCUCAGGAUGAGAGGCUUCCCGGGAGCUUUAGGGCAGAGAGUCCACCCAGGAGCUCAGCGUCCCCUGUGCCUGAUUCAUUUGCUUCAUGCCAUUAUUCUCUUCAUUCAUCGCCCUCAUCUGUAUCCAUCAACUCUUCCCAAAAUCCAUCAUCUGUCAAUCCAAAGGCAUCUCCAACCGUUGAGAAAUUACCUUAUGUACCACAUAGCCCCUUUCACUUAUUCUCCUAUGAUCUUGAAGAGCCUCGAACAACUGUGAAGGAAAAGGAAACAGAAGGGAUGAGGGAACACAGUCCUUCUGAAUAUCUGAAUGUGAACAAAUUUUCUGAAUCCUUCGAUCCUUUUAAUUUCCGAUCUUUGUCUUCUUCUAGAUACAGUGGCUACAGCAGCAAACCUUCCUCUUCCAUGUUACCUCACUCUGGCUUAGGUGCACCUACAACGCCCAACUCUCGUUACGCUUCAUCCGCCUCGCCACCUCAAGAGGCCCAAACAGAGAGGCCAUCCUUAGGUGGUCUCCUUACAUCGUCGUAUCGGCAGCACCAAGAGUCCUUGGCAGCAGAAAGAGAAAGGAGACGUCAGGAGAGAGAGGAGAGGUUGCAAAGGAUAGAGCGUGAAGAGAGAAACAAAUUCAAUCGUAAUUAUCUAGACAAAAGAGAAGAGCUGAAACAAGCAAGAGAAGAGAGAUACAAAUACUUGGAGAAAUUGGCAGCUGAAGAGUAUGAGAAGGAGCUGAGAAGUCGGAGUUUAUGUAGGGGCAAGAGUGACUUGUCCUUGAAUUUGGGUUCUUCUUCAGUCCCAACUACUCCCAUUCCCAAGUGUGUCAGCCCAGCUUCAACAGAUUCUCAGGAGGAAGCAAAGACCCCUGUGACAGCUUGCAGGACUCCUCAAAGCCCAGAAGUGAGUGCCAGUGAACCUGAAGGUGAAACAGAACCUGAACCAGAGGCAGAGGCAAAAACAGAGCAGGAAGAUGAGGCAGAAUUCAAGCAGGGAAUAGGAGCACCCCAAGAAGUAGCGGUUGCAGACGUGGAGCCGGAGAACGAAGUGGAGAAAGGGCCAGAGCCAGAAGAAAGCGCAAUACUCAGUGAAAAAGAGAGGCAGAAUGAAGAUGUGAACGAAAAAGACAACUGUUCUGCAUCCAGCAUAUCCUCAGCAAGCAGCACUUUAGAGAGGGAGGAAAGGGAGGAGAAAUUAACCAGUAACAAUGAAACUGGUCCAUGGUUACAAACCAUUCAAGAUGUUGGUGUGAAUGACCAGUGCAGCAACAUUCUCAACAACAAGCGGUUCAUGCUGGACAUGUUGUAUGCCCAUAACAAGAAGCCCAAGGAUGAAGAGGAUAAAGAGCUGGAGGAAAAGACGGAGGAAAAGGAGGUGGUGGAGGGAAGUGAAGAUGCUAUCACCAGCCUGGCCAGCAGGAUCUCGGUCCUGCAGGCCACCAAGCAGGCCAAAGAUGAAAGUGUCAAAAAAAUGGAGAUUGGGAAUUUGGACAAUCAGGGCAGUGUGAAAGCCUUUGCAGAAAGAUUCAACAAUGGUGAACUGGCCAAGACCUCGAACUUUCCUGAAAGUGAUUUUAAUGAAAAAGCGUCUGAAAAAACAACAGUGCAGGCUAAGAAGGAAUCUGACUAUAUUUGGGAUCAACUCAUGGCCAAUCCAAGGGAACUUAAAAUCAAGGACAUGGAUUUUACUGACCUAAGGGAUGAGGAUGAUGUUGACAUAUUGGACAUGGAAAUGGGUCCUGGCGACUCCCUGGCUCCCCCUCCCCCUCCCCCACUUUCCUUUUUAGGUUUGCCUCCUCCGCCCCCUCCCUUGUUUUAUGGAUGCCCCCCUCCUCCCCCACCCUCUGGUAAUUUAUUGGCUCCCCCUCCCCUAUUUGGCACUCCUCAGGGUUUAGGGUCACCUCCACUUCCUAGAGGUCAGCCAGCCUUUAUAAAAAAGAAGAAAACCAUCCGCCUGUUUUGGAACGAGGUGAGGCCAUUUGAGUGGCAGUGUAAGAACAACAAACGCUGCAAAGGAUUCCUGUGGUCAAAACUGGAACCUAUUAAGGUGGACACUUCCAAGCUCGAGCACCUCUUUGAGUCUAAAUCCAAGGAGCUUCCUGUCACAAAGAAAACUGCUGCAGAUGGCAAGAGGCAGGAAAUCAUUGUGUUGGAUUCCAAACGAAGCAAUGCUAUUAAUAUUGGGCUGACAGUAUUACCCCCUCCAAGGACGAUCAAGACUGCCAUUUUGAACUUUGAUGAAUAUGCCUUAAAUAAGGAAGGAAUAGAGAAAAUUCUCACAAUGAUUCCCACAGAAGAGGAGAAGCAGAAAAUUCAGGAGGCUCAGCUAGCCAACCCUGAUAUUCCUCUGGGCUCAGCUGAACAGUUCCUUCUGACUCUUUCUUCCAUCACUGAACUUACUCCUAGACUUCAGCUCUGGGCCUUCAAAAUGGAUUAUGAGCUUGUGGAAAAGGAAGUUGCUGAACCACUUUUGGACUUGAAGGAAGGAAUGGACCAGCUGGAGAGUAAUAAAACCAUGGGAUUUAUUCUUUCUACUCUACUAGCCAUUGGAAAUUUUCUCAAUGGAACCAAUGCCAAAGCCUUUGAACUGAGCUACCUCGAGAAGGUUCCAGAAGUCAAGGACACCGUGCAUAAGCAGUCUCUCUUACAUCACGUCUGUACAAUGGUGGUGGAAAAAUUCCCAGACAGCACAGACCUUUAUUCCGAGAUUGGGGCCAUCACUAGGUCAGCCAAGGUUGACUUUGAACAACUCCGGGACAACUUAUGUCAAAUGGAGAAACGGUGCAAAGCGUCAUGGGAUCACCUGAAGGCCAUAGCAAAGCAUGAAAUGAAAUCAACUUUAAAGCAAAAAAUGUCUGAGUUCCUUAAAGACUGUGCAGAAAGAAUAAUAAUUUUAAAGAUUGUCCACAGAAGAAUAAUUAACAGGUUCCACUCCUUCUUAUUAUUUAUGGGCUAUCCUCCUUAUGCAAUCCGUGAAGUCAACAUCAAUAAAUUCUGCAAAAUUAUUAGUGAAUUUGCUCUGGAGUAUCGCACCACCAGGGAACGGGUUUUGCAACAAAAGCAGAAGCGAGCCAACCACAGAGAAAGAAACAAAACCAGAGGGAAAAUGAUCACAGAUACUGAUGAAGAAGAUGACAUUGAGUCUGGGAAAUUCUCCAGCAACUCUCCUACACCUCAGAACCAACCACAAGGAUUACAAUAUGCUGAAGAUGCUGUGGAACACGAGAACAUGAAGGCUGUCUUGAAAACAUCCUCUCCAAGUGGGGAGAACACUACUGUGUUAGGAGUGCGCACCCGAAGUAGAGCCAGUCGAGGCCGUAUUGGCUCAUGGAACACUUGCAAUGAUGAUUCGCCUAACGCUACAGAUGAUGCAGCGGAUGAGAUCAUGGAUCGCAUUGUCAAGUCUGCCACGCAAGUGCCAAGUCAGCGAGCAGUGCCUAGAGAACGGAAGCGAUCAAGAGCAAACAGGAAGUCGUUAAGAAGGACACUUAAGAGUGGACUGACACCAGAAGAAGCCAAAGCACUGGGUCUGAUGGGCACUUCAGAGAUGCAGGUGUGAUGACAGCAUCCAAAUCAGCUACAAGAAGAGCCAUCUUCAUACACAGGCAUGGGCACAUGAGCACAUACACACACACACA